GGGAAACGCAGGUUCGAAACUUCGAACGGAUUACUGUUUCUGUCGAAGGAUGGUUGGAGGCGGUGGUUGGUACCACGUCGAAGCUUCAAAUGUUGCGCUCUCUCGAGUGCUCGGUGGCGUCGGAUGCCGGAAAUGUGGUCUUCGAAAGAUCGGAGCUAGCGAGGGACUUCGUCGAUCACGAUGCCUUUGUGCGUCGCUCUCAGAAGAGUUACAAUUGCAAGUGGUGAGCAAGGAUUCGAGAUCCACAACCCUCGGAACUCAUCUCAGCGGACUGGAAGCAACGAGUUUCGCCGCUGGGUGAAUUGGCGAUGCUUCAUGAUGUGGACGGCCCGAGGGAUCGUGUGGUGACCUUGCGCCGACCUGUACCUUGUGGUGCUUGUGGAUGAUUAUAAUUGCAGGUGACUUGAGAUUCUGCGCGGCCGCCGUGGAUAGGGAUUGGUGGGCGAUUGAGGUCUCACUCUGUGCGUGUGAUGGCCCACUUCGAUCCCAGCGAUGUUUUAGAGCGGCAGCGGAUUGAGAGAAAGCGGUACUUGGAGUCGAAAGUGGCAGAGACUCUGGCCUUUAAACCGUCUAAACCUGGAGCCAAUUUGAAGAGAGCUGAACAUGGAACUUACAAAUUGAGCCCAGAUGAAGAGAAACAGGCCGUCCUGGAGUAUCAGCGUCAAUCCAGACAGGCGAGAAUUCUUCAGGUACGAGCACAGGAGAUGCUGCAUGCUGCAGCAUGUGUAGGAGAAUUUCGCCAGCGCAAGAAAAGAGACAAACAGAAGCUGCUACAGGUGUUGAGGGAGGCUUGGGAAGAAGAGCAGGCAAAACGAAAAGCUGAACUUGAGGCUGAUUAUCUCAACUCAUGCAAGGGCAUAGGACAGAGCCAUGAUGCGGCUCAGCUUGUGGCACAGAAUCUGGCGAUCAUAGCAGAACAAAAGGCUAAAGAAGCUGAAGAAAGCAAAGUAUGGGGAACUAUAAGAUUUCAAAAGGCAAUGCAGGAGGAGAAUGCACGGAAACAAGACGUUUUGCAAGAGCAAAAACUUGCUAAAGGUCGGAGGAAAGUGCUGAGCGAAACAGCAGCGGUGGAUAGACGUCGAGCAAGAAUUCAUGCCUCUUUUGCAAAGCCUGAAGUCAGAGAAGAGGAGAAGCUGGCAACAGAUGAAGAAGAACCGGAGACGUAUCUAAGAAUUGGUUUCAACAAAGACGACAUUAGACGCAAUUUUAUACAGUCGCGGUUGCCUGGCACUCCCAAUGAUUACAAGGACACAUACUUCCAUUCCCGCUUCAGUAUGUUGAAGGACCGAUCCAACUUUACUCAACGUUCUGCUCACGCUGAUGAAAUUCAACACGAAGCUGAGGUAGAUGCAUGGAAAGCUGCCGAAGCUCAAAUGAAGAAUGUGGAAAUGGAAAAAGAACGGAAGGCAGAACUGGAGGAAGUUUGGAGACGACGCAAGGCGGAGAGAGGUCAUGCAGCAGCUGCUAAGCUACAGAAAAUAGCUUCUCUAGAGAAAGAGCUGGUAGUGGAACUGGAGGAAGAACAAGAACGAAAACGUCAGCUGGAAGCUAUUGAAGAGCUGACGAGAGCUAUACAUAGUCCUGUAUACAAGCCUGAUUCAUGGAGACGUCUGCAGUCGUCUAACUCCUCUUCCCGCAAAGAGACUAAUAAAUCUUAUAACGCACGUCCUGGUGAAAUUGAAAAGAAGGGACCAGAAGCAGACGACGCUUCACGUGUUACGGACUCAAGGGUAUCGUACUCUGAUUCAAAAGAGACUGUCCAGAUAUGCGAAGGAAGAGAAAGUGUGCCAAUUGCAAGACAGUCUGAUUCAGAAGAGACUGUCCAGGUAUGCGAAGGAAGAGAAAGUGUGCCAAUUGCAAGACAGUCUGAUUCAAAAGAGACUGUCCAGGUAUGCGAAGGAAGAGAAAGUGUGCCAAUUGCAGGACAGGCCACACUGCCGGUCAUUGGUGAUGACUUAUCCGUUCAGGAGUCUUCGUCGCAAAGAAAUCUAGAGGGAAGGGUGAAAGACGAUAAGCUUGAAGCUGUGUGCGCUGACGAUGAAAGAGCCGAUAUUGUAAAAUCCACUACUUCCAAAGAGGAGCGUUCUGUAGAGGAAAUGACAUCAAAUUUCCAUUCUUCGCAAGUAAAGGUGCCUGGCCUCAAUUUCAGUGGUUUUCCUUGCAAAUUGAAUGAUAAGAAUGGAACUGCUCCGGGUAUUGUGACAACAGCAAAACAUUUUACCCCACGAAGUUACAGUUCUGUAGGCAGCAUCAAGGCAACGAAAGAUGUCAGGUCAAGCGCAAAAGUAUCAUCUCUAUCAAGUUUGAGUAGAAAAAGUGGAAUUAGGAAAGGCAACAAAAGUCCUCAAAAGCAUGAAAUAGAGCAGGCACCUAACGUUCACGAAUAUCAAGAUGCAGCUGACUAUAUUAAGGAGUUCAAAGUCAGGUCCAAAGCUCUUUUGAGCGAUCAAGCCCGGCCAUCAGCAAACAUGGUGGACAAAGAAAAGGUGGGCGGAAAAGUGGGGGUGCCUGGUUUAUGCCAAUUAGCUGAAGGUUGUGGAGCAGAGGCUCGAAAGAAGUCUCCCAGGAAGGAGAGCAGUAAUUGGCUUUCAAACAUUCUCGAAAAGUUUCACUGGUGGAAAUGCGACUCAUCCCCGAAGGAGUUUUCUUGUCCCGGAGUGGGAACUGCUCAAGGAAAGUUGGACGUUGCUGGGAGGUCAAGCGAACAGGCUGAUCGUCUCCAUGGUUUGGAGAAUGUUGGUAAAUCAAGCACGCCCAGAACAAAACAACUUGAUGAACCUUUGCAAGAGUCGUCUCCAACCAGGAAGACCGUACCAUUCAGGAUUGAGACUUUGGGGAGUUUAAACACAUUGAGAGAAACUGACUGGUACUGCGAGGAGCAACCUGGAUGGUCAGAAGCUCGCACAAAGGUGGUCUUCACCAAGGAGGAACUGGAAGCAUUGAAGCUGGAACUAUAUGGUACUUUGACCGGGGAAACGAUUACUUCUCAACAGAGGAAGGUAAUUCUGAGAAAGGAGAAAGUGAGACACGUUUCAAAGUCUCAAGGAUUACAUAUGUCGCUGUUUCCGCAGCACGCAAAGGAUAUGCAUAGAAAGGUGAAGUCUGCAGAAUAUGAAAAUGAUCAGCAUUCUAGGUCUUUCAACAGAGGACUUGAACAUUCGAUCAGUCCUGCAUUCAAACUUGACAAGACAAAGUUGUCGAGGCCUCCAAACAAGAUUUUUAUGACUUGCCCACAAGACGAGAGUAUUCCUUUCACUAAUUCGCAGUCGGUAGACGAAUGUCUUGAUCCUGGCUCACUUCGAAAUACAAGGAACCAGAACCAUGAUAAGAAACCUCUUAUGAAAGAUUCUGCUACACAGUAUACUUCUGCUGAGUUUGAGUGUGCACCGAAGCAGGAACAAGCUUUGUGCAGAGAGUCGAUUGAGGAGAGAGCGCGUGAAGUAAAGACCCUUGUGGAGAUACACAAAGGAACACUUCUGAAUGCUGAGGAAAGUCAUCAUGGCAGUCCGGCGUCCGCCGACAACGUUAAUCUUCGGUUGAAUAUAUCAGCGUCUCCUCAAGACGCCGUAUCAUCUGUUUCGAUUCCCACGCAUGACAAGGGAAAGGGUUUAAAUGAGCUAACAUCAGCUCGUCAGGUUGCGGAAGAACUGAUUCGAGCUUGGAGAGCAGGGCAGCUCGGUGGUGACGUGAGUGCCACCUUUUCACGAACGAAGGAAAGUCCCCAGGUUUCGCGGAAGAGGAGAGCAGCAACGGUUGAAGAAGUGCAAGUCAGUGCCAGCCAUGCGGGGACGAGGCAGAAGUUAGGACAGCUUAGAGAGAAGAUAAACAGGCCGCAACAAAACUCAGCAACGAAGCUCAGAAAAUGGGACGUCCUGACUCCAUCCAGUGGUGGUAUAAAUCAUGAGAAAAAAGAUUCAAACGUUGCCAGUCCCUUUAAGAGGCGGGAUCUAAGCAGAAAUACAAUCACCUCGGGACAAAUUCGUAGUCCCAUGAAAACAAGUUUGCAACACCGCAAGGAAGAGCACUCCCUGUUAUCGAGUAAGAAGUAUCCCGAAGAAGCCACGAACAUGAGGGUUGAAGAUGUUUCUGAGGGAAGAUCACUCGAUUUCAUUCUCGGUUCACUUUCAGCCCAGGUAAGAGAGCUAGAUGAAAGGCUUCAAUAUGUAACCGCUUGUUCGCUGGUAACAAAGGACGGAACUUUUGUUUGCACUCCUGGCGGGCAGGAGGAACAGAAGCCCGUUUCAGAUGAGAGAGAAGUUGCAACGUCUGUACCAUCGGCUAAUAGAGUCACUCAUGCUGUCAAUAGAAGUGGGCGAGCUCUCCAACAUACUGUCACUGGAGAAUCUGAAAGAAUCAAAAGAGCCAGUGUCAGUGAACGAGAGAGGACCAACGGAGGAAAGACUAUGAAACCGGUGGGACCGAGUCCACCAAUAAGCCCGCACAAAACUAGUAAAGAGGAUGGCAAUUUUUCCUCCUUGCAGGGCCAUCAGGAGAAGACGAAUAAAUCAAAUACUCAAGUGAACGAAAAUCGCCUCGGCGGUUCUACAGUGCAGGCUCAGUCACCGGAAUCAUCGAUGGAAAUCUGUAUAGAAGACAUGACCAACCUGAUGCAAGAAAUAAAUCGUCAACCCGCAUGUGGGAAGAAGGGAGGUCAAAUACUCCAGGAUUCCUUUCUUGAGAAUUUACCCAGACGGUGUGAGAGUGGAACAAUCGAAAUCAAUCAGGAAGACGUGGAGUCCAGACGCCCUGUUGGCAGGAAUAAAUGUCUGGAACCGGCGUCUGGAUCUAAAUCUCAGGAAAGUCGAGAGAGAUUUUCUUUCAAGUUAUUUGCUGACAUUUGUUCUGGGAAAGCUGAACUUGCUACUCUCGACGAAAUGGGAACAUCGGAUGCCGAUAAACGAAUGACGGAUGCCCAGCGCAUGGUGGAACUAGGAGCUUGCAAAAAAUCUAGCUUAAUUUCCUCCCCGUUCUUUCUCUCGGUACAAUCAAUCUUUCAAUACAGAUAAGUUGAACGCACUAGGUAGAUAAUACCUAGUAUCCGAGCAUUUACAAGCAAAUGGCAAGCCUGAACAUGUCACACUCCCGACAUGUGUUGAUCUCUGGGAACAUUCGUGCAGCAAUUACUGGUUGAAAUCGCUCCCGAUCAUCCAUGAACUGAAGCUUAUAAAGGAAUGACGACUUCCCCACGUCAUGCUGCUACGAGGGUUCCUCUACGGCAAGCCGAGCGAAUUUCUCUGUCAUCAUUAGACUUGGAGGAAGCAAUGAGGCUUCAUGGAACUGAGGAGCACAUGCUGCUGUCGAGUUCUGUAGAUUUUUCACCUUGGAAUACUGCAAACCUUCCUGAUGUUUUCACUUCUAUUAGCGACGUCGGUAGGAGAUUAAAUUAUAGUACACAAGUUGAGCCUGCUCGACUUCGUCAAGACAAUGGUUCCAAGCUUGAGCAUUGCCAUCUGAAAGAAAGUUCCAAAUACCUCUUGAAGAAUAACGAGUUCAAGAAGAAAUGCAAAGCUUUUGAAAAGAAGAGGCUAGGUCGAGGUAAAGGUAAGCAGAAGAAGAGUGUGCGAAAGCCUUUCAAUCCAAUGGCUUUACCUCCCAAACACCACCACGGCUGUCAUACAUCAAAGUCCAACUCGACGCGAUCUCUGCAAACAACUCCGCAGCCUGGAGCUCUAAGCUUUUCCACGAAAGAUAUGAAACUGACAAAGAAGUCGCAAUCAAAUUCCAAGUUGACAAGUAGAAGCUUGCCAGAAGAAUUUCCACUGUCGGUUGCUGCAGAAGAGGUCCAGAAGUGGCUGAGAAGAGAUGCUACGGGGUGUUCAGCAAUGCCCCCUGAUGACGUUCGAGGCAGAAGAAGAGGGUCGUAUGUAAAAUAUCCCCAGUUUUCGGGCUCAAAGAGACCUCAAGGUUUCGAAGGGUCAGGUACAGCGUCACCACCACUAGUCAUGACUACUCCAGGAGGUGAUGUCGAGCGAUUCGACAGGAGGAGUUUGAUUAAGCGAGAUUUGGAAGCAAGAAGAAGACCAUCUUCUGCCGGUAUUGUUAUGAACGGGAGAUAAGGAGACCAUCGCAGCGCGUUGUAUCUGUUACCGACCAUGUUUCGAUAGAAACCAAAAAGCUACAUACCUUCGUGAAGCAUCACAGAGAAUAUCUUUCCAAACUUUAAAAAAGUUAUGAAGCUCGAGGUUGAAAAUGAUUUCUCAGCCAAUCAUCAAUCUGAUUGGUGUCACUAGAAGUGAUGGUUACGUAAUUUUAUCCGAUUACGGCAGCUACGAAAAGAGAUGUCUAUGAUGCGGAUAAACGACGUUACGCUAAGAAGUAUGAGUGAAGCUCUGACCUGACUGUCCCUUGAAUCUACGUGUUGGCACAUAGCUAUCUCCCUGUACAUUCACAUAAAUCUCUUGGCACGACGUUCUUCUGUGGUGAUGGUGGAGGAGUUGGACAGGAGAGUUUGAAAGCGAAGUAUACUUUUUCCUUCGCGCACUUGCAGUAACCAAGAGAUCGGAGCAGUGCGUAUCGGCGCAUGAGUUGUCGAAUGGAGUGCAUAUGCGCUUAUGUAAAGAAACUGCACAGUUGUGUAGAUAAUCUUCAGUUUAUCUCUCGGUGCAUCAUGACAAGAAGUCGACCUUUACUGUAGUUAGGACCGG